AUGGCCGAUUUAAAAGAACAUGUAAUUGGGAGUACUGUGAAGGUUUGGUUAAAAAAAGUUAAAUACGGAGGUGGGGGCAGGGAGAGGUGGGCAGCCGGACCAGGCCGGUGGGGAAGAUGUGAAAGUUGUGUGGAUUUGCUUUUUGUGAGAGGAGCUGGAAAUUGUCCUGAGUGUGGCACUCCACUGAGAAAGAGCAACUUCAGGGUACAACUCUUUGAAGACCCUACUGUUGACAAAGAGGUUGAGAUUAGGAAAAAAGUGUUAAAGAUAUACAAUAAAAGAGAAGAAGACUUUUCUAGUCUAAGAGAAUAUAAUGACUUCCUGGAAGAAGUGGAAGAAAUUGUUUUCAACUUGACCAACAAUGUGGAUUUGGACAACACCAAAAAGAAAAUGGAGCAAUACCAAAAGGAAAACAAAGAUGUGAUUCAGAAAAAUAAGCUGAAGCUGACUCGGGAACAGGAAGAAUUGGAAGAAGCUUUAGAAGUGGAACGACAGGAAAAUGAACAAAGGAGACUGUUUAUACAAAAAGAACAAUUGCAGCAGAUGCUAAAAAGGUAGAAUAAGCAGGCGUUUUUAGAUGAACUGGAAAGUUCAGAUCUUCCUGUUGCUCUGCUUUUGGCUCAGCAUAAAGAUCGAUCUACCCAACUGGAAAUGCAGCUUGAGAAACCCAAAUCUAUAAAGCCAGUGACAUUUUCCACAGGCAUCAAAAUGGGUCAACAGAUUUCACUAGCACCUGUACAAAAGCUUGAAGAAGCUCUAUAUGAAUAUCAACCACUGCAAAUAGAGUCCUGUGGGCCACCUGUUCCUGAGCUCGAGAUGUUAGGAAGACUUGGGUAUCUAAACCAUGUCCGAGCUGCCGCUCCACAGGACCUUGCUGGAGGCUACACUUCUUCCCUGGUGUGUCACCGGGCACUGCAGGAUGCGUUCAGUGGGCUUUUCUGGCAGCCCAGUUAACUUUCCCUUCCUGGUUUACAAGAUUUGGACCUUGGAGCAGAAGCAGCAGUGAGCAACAGUAAAGCAAGCUUGUAAAAUUAUAGCCCCAUGCAGCUGCACAACCACAGAACGGUGAUGCAACAGCUACAUGCAAGUCUUUAUAGAGAGAACACUUCAGAAUUCACCCGAGUGUCACAGUGGAUACAUGUGCGAAAAAGAUUGAGAUUUUUACUUACUUUCUUCUGAGGGAUUAAGGCCGUAAGCCAUCUGAUGGAAGAUUUGUUAAUUCACCUAUGUAAGUUUGAGGUUAACGGACAGACUUGUAAAAUUGUUUUAAAAAUAAAGCUAGACUUUAUAUUAAAAAAAAAAAAUUAAAUACAUUGCUUUGGGGAAGAGAACAAAACCCGUUUGGGGAGGGGUACCCCCUCGUAUGUGUUAAGAAAGAAUGAGCUGGAGUCACUGGCGUGUAAUAGAAGUACUGUUAGUCUUCCCCAGGGAUAGGAGCAGACACCCUAAUCUUGACUUUUAGCUACUGGAUGCAGAAAUACCCAGAAGCAGAGAAGGUUGCAUAAAGGUUAUAUAAACACCUCAAAAAUCAUAGCUUGGGUGAA